GGGAAUAUCACACAUUGUGCAGAGCCGUACAUCAAGAAUUCUGACCCAACUAAGACAGCACAGAAAGUGCACAAAAUAGCUAAACAAGUAUGUAGUCGCCUUGGACAUUACAGGAUGCCAUUUGCCUGGGCUGCAAGGCCAGUAUUCAAGGACACUCAGGGGACGCUGGACAUCGAAGGGAAGUUUUCUCCUCUUUACAAACAGGACAGCAGCAAACUUUCCAUUGAAGACCUGCUCAAGUUGCUGGAUGAAUACAGGAAACCAGAAAAGACCAAGCUACAAGUGAUUCCU